AAUGGAUCCAAUUCUUUUACAAAAACAACUAAGGGACAAUGCCAGUGAUUUGCAGGACUUCUGCAAAGAUUUAAAAAGCUGGGGGUCGGAAAUGAAACAAAAGGAAGAUGGGUUGAAACCUAAAAAAAUCGAAAAAGUGAGUAUAACCUCGAAAUCCGAUAUAAACAAGUCUACCACAGAAAAGACAAAAAUCAAAGCAGUUAAAGCUCAAAAAAAAGUGGUAACUGAUUAUGCAAAAUGGGAUAAAUUCGAUGUAGAUGCGGAAUGUGAAAAGGUCGAUAAUGAUAUCGAAGAAGAUUCAGAAUUAACUGAUGAAUGUGAUGAAUCUAUGAGAGAUGAGGCCCUCGUAGAAAAAGAGAAGGGUAAUAAGUAUGUAAAGGUGCAGAAAUGGGACGAAGCAAUUAAAUGUUACACAAAAGCUAUAGAUUUAUAUUCGUAUGAUCCAAUUUUUUACGCUAACAGAGCUUUAUGUUAUCUAAGACGUGGAGAUGUUACUAAAGCAGAAACUGAUUGUGACUUAUCAUUGAAGUUGGAUAAAACAUAUGUUAAGGCUUAUCAAAGAAGGGCUGCCUCGAGAGAGGCUCAAAAUAAAUUGUAUGAAGCCAAGCAAGAUUUGUUGACGGUUUUAAGGCAUGAACCCAACAAUCAAGAAUCCAAAAUGGCUUUAGAUAUUCUUAAAACAAAAAUGGGAGAAUAUGUUAAGCCACCAGAUUUGUCCAUACAAAGGCCGGUUUCAAAAUUUACGGCCUCGAGAAAAAAUACAUUGCCACAACCCGAUUUAACCACUCCCAAAACCCCAAAUAGCCACACAGUUGAUACCACUGAAAACACCUCAAUUUGGCCCAAAGGGGAAGAUAUAGUUUUGGUGAAGGCAAUCAACAAGCCGCCCCAUUUGAGAUCCAAGAAACCACUGAAAAGGGUUAAAAUCGUCGAAAAAGACGUUGUUACGCCUGCGAAGGAAAAAAACAACAUUGAGGAGGCAUUUAAGAAGGAUGUAUUUGAGCGUAAAGAAAUAGAUCCAAUGGAUAGUAAAGACACCAAGCCUGUAUCAAAAUUCAAGAAGAAUCAAAGUAAAAAUAAAAUACUAGAAAUACCUAACACAGCAUUACCAAAAGCUAAUGAUAACAACAACAUAAUUUCCAGCGAUGAUUUUAAAGUAGUAGAAAAACAAAACCCCCUCACUAAAACCGACAAAAACAUCACAAACAAAAAUUUAAUCAACACCAACAAAAAAACACCUGAAGACGUUGUCAUGGUGGCCCCCAAAACAUCCGUACAGUUUCACUUAACCUGGGACAAUUUAAAAUCUCCGAGUUUUAAGUACGAAUAUCUCAAGCUAAUUGAUCCUUUAAGUAUGCCGAAGAUUUUCGAUGAGCAAUUGGAAAGCGACGAUAUUACCAGCAUUUUGGAGGUUAUGUCGAAAUAUUUUGUCGAAAACAAAGAUCCCGUGUACGAUUUUCUGAAGGGUUUAACAAGCUGUGAAAGAUUCAUAAUAAUGAGUUUGUUUAUGACGGAUUCCGACAAAAACAAUGUAAGAAAAUUGAUAUCAUAUUCAGCACAGCACGAAAAUUUAAGAAAUGAUAUCAUAGAAGAUCUUUACAAUAAAUUCAGCUUGGUACCAUGAAUUAGAGAAUCCUGAAAGUUUUCUUAUAUAUAAUUGAGGUUAUAAUCUUUUUAGUGCAUUUUUUUUUGUUUAUUAAAAGCCAUUGUUACGAAAAAAUAAUUUAAUUGUGUUAUUAUUAAUACAGUAAAAUGGAUUAUGAAUAAAGUUGUUUUAUUUUAAUCUCUGUUUUUGCAAACUCUGAUUGAAGUUUUCCCCAUGACCACAAUCAUCCCGUCGUCUUGCAAAUCUUUGAGGGCAUCUUCGAAUUGUUCUUUAGUAAUCAUCUAAAAACAUCGAAACAAAACGUCAAUACAAUUUUUGUGAUUUGUAAAUUUUUUUGUUUACCAUAUUGGAAGAUUCUUUGAGCUCCGCCAAUAGUUUGGAGUAGUUGAUAGUUGGUGCACUGCCUUUAGUUUCGAUCAACUUUUGGACAGCUUGCGCCAAUUCCACUCGGCGUUUACGAGCAGCACUGCUCAUACCAGUGGUCAAAAUACCCACGUCGAUUUUACCCGAUAGAGGAUCGGUUGCCGACUGCUUCAGAGCUUCACGAUGCAGUCUAAAAG